GCAUCUUGGACAACAUCUCUGUGGUCGGCCUGGCGACUUCAGCCUUUGUACUGGUGACUGGAUGUGCGAACAUGGUCCUCAUGGCUGUCCUGUGGGUUCUCUACCUCUCCUUGGUCAACGUUGGACAGAUCUGGAUGGGAAUCGCAGCUCUUGGAGACUGGCUUCCUGGCGAUAUUCCUCUGCCCGCUCUGGACCCUCUCCCGCCUGCCCCACUCCACGCCUCCGUCCAGCAUCGUCAUCUGGGGCUUUCGGUGGCUGAUCUUCAGGAUCAUGCUUGGAGCAGGGUUGAUUAAAAUUCGAGGAGAUCGCUGCUGGAGAGAGUUAACUUGCAUGGAUUAUCACUACGAGACCCAGCCGGUGCCCAACCCCAUCGCCUAUUUCAUGCACCGCUCGCCGUGGUGGUUCCAUCAGUUCGAGACACUCUUCAACCACUUCAUCGAGCUGGUGGUGCCGUUCUUCAUCUUCCUGGGACGGCGGAUGUGCAUCGUGCAUGGCGUCCUGCAGAUCCUUUUCCAGGUGCUUCUGAUAAUCAGCGGAAACCUGAGCUUCCUCAACUGGCUGACCAUCGUGCCCAGCAUCGCUUGCUUUGACGACCUCAGCCUGGGAUUCCUCUUCAGCUCCAGGCGAGGAGGGGUGAAAGACCGGGUGGUGCAGAUGCAGGCCAGGCAGGCAGCCGGCGAGCAGCCUCCCCUGGGAUACGGCCGCUGCAUCCGCCAAGUGGUGAACAUCUCCUUCGGGCUCCUGAUCGCUUACCUCAGCGUCCCUGUUGUCCUGAACCUGCUCAGCUCCAGACAAGUCAUGAACACCUCCUUCAACCCUCUCAGGAUAGUAAACACCUACGGAGCUUUUGGGAGCAUUACCAAGGAGAGAACAGAAGUCAUCCUUCAGGGUACGUCCAGCCCGGACCCCAACGACCCCGCCGCUGUCUGGGAGGAGUACGACUUCAAGUGCAAGCCCGGGGACUUGAAGAGGCGCCCGUGCUUCAUAACCCCCUACCACUACCGCCUGGACUGGUUGAUGUGGUUCGCUGCCUUCCAGACCUACGAGCAGAAUGAAUGGAUCAUCCACCUGGCUGGGAAGCUGCUGGCCCAGGAAGAGGAGACCCUGUCCUUGAUGGCAACGAACCCCUUCGCGGGCAGGGCACCCCCACGGUGGAUCCGAGGGGAACACUUCAAGUACAAAUUCAGCCGACCUGGGGGAACGCACGCCGGCGAGGGGAAGUGGUGGAUUCGGAAGAGGAUCGGCGCCUACUUCCCCCCGGUCAACCUCCAGGGCCUGAAGAAGUUUUACGAAGACAGGAGUUGGCCGUACCCCGUGCGGGACUGAUGGAGCCAGGUCAAGAGAGACUGGCUGGGGAAGAGCGAGAGCCGUCAUCUCUCUUAUAAAGCACAAUUCUUGCUUCCCUCUGUAUUUUUUUACAAAUCUUUGUUUACACAUAUUUUACAGUAGGUUCCCAGCCAACCUGUCCACCUGCUGUUGUGGUCUGGUUUUUCUCAUCUUUCUGUUUCUGUCUGUUUGUCUUUCUCUUCAUAGCCUUGCCUGAUGAUUGAUUUCUUUUGUCAGGCUGCUCCAUUAGAAAAUCAUCAGCUCUAGAGUCAAGAAAAAGGUGAACAAAUACAGAGUCAAGUUAAUAUGUCCAAUUUGGCACAUUCCGGAUUUGUAACAAGUAUUUGUGAAGAGGGUUGUUAUAGCUCUGCUGAUGCUGGAAUUUCACUUUAUUAGAUGAAAGUUUACAGGUAAAAGUCGAAAUGGACCAAAAAUUAUGAAAUGUACUUUUUGGGGGAAAGGUUCAGUAAAGUCAAAGCUCCUUUCCCUUU